ACCGGGCCCUCACUUCGCUACCCGGCCUGCUCCUGUAGCGAUGGCUCCUGUCGUGACCUUGGUCCUGCUCGGGCUGCUCUCGCUGUCUGGCCUGGACGCCGUCCAGCGUCCUCCGAAGGUUCAGGUUUACUCACGACACCCCGCAGAGAAUGGAAAACCAAAUUACCUGAACUGCUAUGUGUCUGGGUUCCAUCCACCCCAGAUUGAGAUUGAUUUGCUGAAGAAUGGGGAGAAGAUGGAAGUGGAGCAGUCAGACCUGUCUUUCAGCAAGGACUGGUCUUUCUACCUUCUGGUCCACACUGCGUUCACUCCCAACGCAGUGGAUCAGUAUAGCUGCCGCGUGAAACACGUUACUCUCAGCGAGCCCAAGAUAGUUAAGUGGGAUCGAGACCACUAACCAGCAUCAUGGAGGUUUGAAGAUGCCUCAUUUGGAUUGGACUAAUUCCAAAUUCUGUUGUCUUGCUUUUUAUUUUUAAUUUUCUUUUUUAUUUUCUUUUUUUAAAAUUUAUUUUAUUGAAGUAUAGUUGAUUUAUAAUAUUGUGUUAACUUCUGCUAUAUAGCAAAGUGAUUCAGUUAUUGUUGUCUUGCUUUUUAAUGCUGAUAUGCUUUUAUGCUUUAUGCAUAUAAAUCAGAAGUUGUAUUGAUGUUACUGCAAAUAUCAUCUUCUUUAUAAUUCUAUCUAGGGCGCCACGUCUCCAUGUUUGACCUGUCUUGGCAGGUAGCUGUUGUGGGGGCUCUGGCAGCCUAGAGGUGGGGAAGACGGAAUUUCAGGUUUAACAUCAACAUCUUGGUCAAAUCUGAACUCUUCAGUCUCUUCUGCAUACAAAACUGGAUAAUAAGAUAGUAUGCAUGUUUAGAGUAAACCUCCAAUUUGUAAUUUUUCUUAGAAUUUUGGAAAAAUUAUGGAAAUUUGUUAUAGUGGAUAAAACAUUUUGCCAUAUAAAAUUCAUAUUUACCUCUUACAUCUGUUAGAGAGAGACUUGGUUGUACCUAUUUUGUUUGUUUCACUAAUUAAAACAAUGGUAAAACAUUGUGUUCAGCUUCUCAAAGGAACAACAGCUGACUUCUCAAUGUCAGUGGGAUCCAGAACAUAGCAGAAAGUAAUCAUGAAUGUAGUAAAACAACUGCCUACCUAGAAUUCCAUACACAACAAAAAUAUCUUUUAAAAAAUGACAGCAAAGUAAACAUUGUUAGAUAAAAAGUCAGAUUUCAGUACCCUUUAGAUACUCACUAAAGGAGAUUCUAAAUGAUACACUUCAGGCAGAGAGAAGGCCUAAAAUGUGAGAAGAAAGGAAGAGCAAAGGAAAUGUAUCAGUUUUGUGUAAAAAGAAAUCAGCCUAAAUAAGCACAUAAACUGAAUAUUUAAUAUCUAACUAGUAGAGGGCACAGGAGCUUAUGGAGUGCUAGUAAUGUUUUAUUUCUUGACAAGGAUGGUGGUUACAAGAGAUUUUGCUUUGUAAUUUUUUGUUAAAUGUACAUAUAUUCUGCACAUUUUAAAGGAAUGUUAUAUUUCACAUUAAAAAUCAUAAAAUUGA